AUGAGCAGAACCAGAUACGACUGCAAGCAUAUUCAGGGUGGAGUUAGUCUUAAUUAUGGGGAAUAUUGUGAUGGUCCUUUUCAGGCAACUCAGCUGUGGAAUAGUAUUAUUCAUGCUCUUCACAGUCAGGUGGAAGUCAAAAGACGUAGACAGCAUUUGAAAACGUAUAAGAACUGUUUCACUGGCUCCAAUGCUGUUGAUGUGGUACUAAGCCAUCUUAUGCAAAGCAUGUACCUAAGCUGCAAUGAUAUUUCUCGGCUGAAGGGAGUCCGUGUAUGCCAAGCAUUGAUGGAUCACAAGGUGUUUGAGCCAGUUGGACCAAAGCUUUCCUUAUUCAAGAAUGAGAAAGAAACAGAGUUUGAAGACACAAACAAUAGCCUCUAUAAAUUUGUAAGUAAGUGUCCUACUCCUCUUCUUCCACGAAAGAUUAAAGACAAAAGCAGGAUGAAUGGUGAAACAACACUUUCAAAUCCCUUAGCAUUAGACGCAGCUGAUAAAAAGAGAGUAGAGGACCUUCUUCAAUCAAUAAAUGUUCAUGCAUCUUUGUAUCCAAGGAUCAUGGUUAAUGAACCAACUCAUCUGCUUUCAAAAAGAGUAAUAGAUAAUGUCUGGAAACAGCAAACUCUGCUACGGCUGCUGCAGUUAAUUGAUAUUCCACUUCUAGAAGACAUCUUGGUGUCUUCAGUGAAGACAAAACCAGACUGUUUUGGCAAAGAAGAAGACCUGAUUAUCUCAAAUACUUUCCUGGACAGAGAGGUUACACAUAGCUUAAACUUGCCUGAGCUUGACAAAUGGCUUUAUGCUGCAAUUGAAUGCUUGGAGUAUCUCCCAGACCAAUUCAUAGUGAUGGUUAGUCAGCAGUUACCUCAAAGCAGUAACAAACCAGGCAGUCUGAAUAUAUACAAGAAAAUUCUUUUUGAUGUUAUAAUAAAGUAUUAUAGCCAGAAGAAGGACUCCCUUCUUACUACUCAGGAUCUCGCUAUUCAUUCAGGAAUUAUUGAACUUAUAG